AUGGGUGUCCCCGCUCUCUUCCGAUGGCUUUCCAACAAGUACCCGAAGAUUAUCUCUCCGGUUAUUGAGGAACUGCCCCAAGAAGUCAAUGGAGAGGAGAUUCCGGUCGAUACUACGCGCGCCAACCCCAACGGCGAGGAGAUGGAUAAUCUUUACCUGGACAUGAACGGCAUUGUUCACCCAUGUACCCACCCAGAGGGAAGGCCUCCACCUGCCAAUGAGCAGGAGAUGAUGCUGGAGAUCUUUAAGUACACCGAUCGCGUUGUCAACAUGGUCCGUCCGAGGAAAUUGCUCAUGAUUGCUAUUGACGGCGUUGCCCCAAGAGCCAAAAUGAACCAGCAGCGCGCGCGCCGAUUCCGCUCCGCUCAAGAAGCCCGAGAAAAUGACGAGAAGAAGGAGGAACUUCAGAAGCUACUCGACAAGCAACAAAGCAAGAAGACUGGUGAUGCCGCUAUCAGAGAAGAAGUCAUCCAGAAGACCUGGGAUAGCAACGUGAUCACUCCUGGAACUCCCUUCAUGGACAUUCUCGCUGCGUCGCUGCGCUAUUGGAUCGCCUACAAGCUUAACACUGAUCCGGCAUGGGAAAAGAUGAAGAUUAUCAUCUCAGACGCGACAGUUCCUGGAGAGGGAGAGCACAAGAUUAUGGAGUUCGUGCGUUCUCAGCGCGCGUCUCCUGAACACGAUCCCAACACCCGCCAUGUUAUUUACGGCCUUGAUGCGGAUUUGAUCAUGCUGGGUCUGGCUACUCAUGAACCUCACUUCCGCGUUCUUCGUGAAGAUGUCUUCUUCCAGGAGUCAAAGCCUCGGACUUGCAAGCUCUGUGGUCAACCUGGGCACAAGGCUGAGGAAUGCACGGGUAAAGCGAAGGAGAAGAGUGGAGAGUUUGAUGAAAAGCAACAUGCUUCUCCACUGAAGCCAUUCAUCUGGCUUCACGUAUCCGUCCUCCGAGAAUAUCUGGCUGUCGAGCUGCAGGUUGCUCAGCAACCGUUCCCCUUCGAUCUUGAACGGGCACUGGAUGACUGGGUUUUCAUGUGUUUCUUCGUUGGAAACGAUUUCUUGCCUCAUCUGCCUUCCCUGGAUAUUCGUGAAAAUGGUAUCGAUACUCUGAUUGCCAUUUGGCGCGACAACAUUCCGUCUAUGGGCGGAUAUCUGACCCAGGAUGGCCAUGUUGACAUGAAACGGGCUCAGCUGAUUUUGCAGGGUCUGGCUAAGCAAGAGGACGCUAUCUUCCGCCGCCGUCGGCAGGCGGAAGAAAGAAAGGCGGCUAACGAAAAGAGACGCAAGGAGCAAGAUCAAGAGCGUGCCCGCAAGCGCAGACGUAGUUCCCCUGUCUAUGACGCCAAACAAAACCGCUCGAAGGGCGAAGCUGACCCAGACCCAACUGCGGGCCUGGAGCUCAUCACGCCCUCUCGUGCACACUUGACGAAGGAGGACAAAGACUUAACUCACAGUAUGAUUGUCAACCGCGGGGCCAUUUAUCGUGCCAAUAUGGAGAACAAGAGCGCCGCCGCUGUGUUAAAGAGCAGGCUUAUGAAGGGCGGCCAAAGUGAGCCAGCAGCCGAGGAAACUCCUGCUACUGCGGAGAACGGGGAAGACGCCAACGAGCCGACAUCUCCCUCCGUCCUCGGGAAGAGAAAGGCUGGUGAAUCAACCGAGGCAACUGAGCAGGAGACGGAGGACGCUGGAACUCCUGGUAGAGAUUCACCUGCCGUACCUCCCCCGAAGCCCAAGGAUGAUGAAAUGCCACCAGAUACCGUCAAGCUCUGGGAGCCAGGUUAUGCUGAUCGAUAUUACGAGCAAAAGUUCGGUGUUGAUCCCCAGGAUCAUGAGUUCCGUCACAAGGUCGCGCGUGCGUACGCCGAGGGUCUCGCUUGGGUCCUCCGCUACUACUUCCAGGGUUGUCCUUCGUGGGAUUGGUACUACCCGUACCAUUAUGCUCCGUUCGCUGCCGACUUUGUCGAUAUUGCGGAUAUGGUCAUUCAAUUUGACAAGGGCAAGCCAUUCAGGCCCUAUGAGCAGCUGAUGGGAGUCUUGCCAGCAUCGUCGAACCAUGCACUACCCAAGGUCUUCCAUGAUCUGAUGAGCAACCCGGAAAGUGAGAUCAUCGACUUCUACCCCGAGGAUUUCGCUUUGGAUCUGAAUGGCAAGAAAUUUGCCUGGCAGGGUGUGAUUCUUCUUCCCUUCAUUGACGAAAAGCGUCUGCUGUCUGCGAUGGAAAAGGUGUAUCCUCUUUUGACAGAUGAAGAACGAAGCCGGAACACACACGGCCAGGAAGUGCUAUUACUUUCGGAACAGCACUCUCUCUAUCAAGACCUUGUCGGCAAUUUCUAUUCGAAGAAGCCUGGGCCGCCUGAAUACAAGCUCAACAUGCGCGUGAGCGAUGGUCUGGCUGGCCUGGUUGAGCGCAAUGACACAUAUAUUCCCCAUGGGUCUCUCGUUUCGCCCCUGCAGGAGUACGGCAUGCCGAGUCUCGAUGACGAUCACUCUCUCACUGUCAACUAUAAGAUCCCCAAGUCAUCUCAUGUGCACAAGUCCAUGCUACUUCGUGGUGUCAAGUUCGCGACGCCGAUGCUCAACUCCGCCGAUAUUCGCGCGGUCAAGGGCCGGGCCCAGCAUUCAGGACGGUCAUACGGUGGCGCACCUCUUAACGGCCGCGGGCGUGGUGGUCAUAUGGAUUACUCGUCAGACCGGCCGAAUCCAUUUGCCGCGCAUCUUGACCCACGCUUCAUGCACGCCCCUCCGGGCGGUAUGCCACCGAUGCCCUCUGGCUGGGUUCCUCCCGUCCCAGGGGCUGGUGACUACUCCAGAGGACCCCCGGGCCUCCCCGUGGCGGCAUGUCCCAUCAAUAUCCGCCACACCAAGGUGGUGGUCAAUAUCAAGGCCACCAAGGAUACAACCAGGGACACCACCAAGGGUACCAGGGAUACCAGGGACAGCAAGGAAAUCAAGGCCAACAAGGAUACCAUGGCGGCUACCAGGAUCGGGGUAGAGGCGGAGGCGGCAAUGGCGGUUAUCGUGGAGGCAGGUUCCGCGGCCAGAACCGCGAUAACUAUGGCGGCCACCGCGGUGGAGGUAGUGGAGGGGGCUACGGUCGUUACUAGAGGAGAUAAUGGAGUCACAGCUACUCUAUUAUCCUCGCAAUGA